GCAAGACGUUGGGCCUAAUCCUUGACCCAUUUUAUUACGGCAACAGCGUGACCAGUGUCAGUGAGCAGAGUGAGCACCACCGUAAGUGAACAUGAAGCUUGGCGGAGGAAUAAUGAAUGGAACUCCACGCGCCACCACUCUGUUUCUCCGAUACGGCAGACCAACUCUUCACAGCUUCUCUUCUGCCUCAUGUUCUUCAUUUCGUGAGCAUAUAAGUUUUAUAAAAGAAAUAGCUGCAACUGAUCCUCCUAAACAUUUGUCUCAGUUGUUGAGAUUGCUCAGUGCCAGAGGUGAGUCCAUUAUUUCUCCUGGAGUCAGGCAAGGAUUGAUCCCUCUUGUCUUUCCAUUGGCUAAAAAUAGGUCAGGUGCUGUAAUUGCGCUGCUGAGAUGGCCAACAGCACCGGCUGGAAUGGAAUUGCCGGUAGUGGAGGUUCAUAAACAUGGAAUUUGGCUUCUGUCAAAGACUGUAGAUCAAUUUAUCCAUAGAAUCCUUGUUGAGGAAGAUGCCAAAAUGUCAUUGAAAGGAAAUGAUGACCAAUUUAAUGCUGCAGGCAGUGCUGUGGAGAAUCUAUAUAAGAAGGGUGACUUUGCUAAAUCUCAGAUUGCAGAUCUAGAUGUGUAUCUCUUGAAAAAGGUGGGUUUAUUUCCUGAUAUCCUAGAGCGCAUAGCAAUGCGCCACUUUGAGAAAGGAGACCAUGUUUCAGCUUUGGUGACUGGAGAAUAUUAUACAAAGAAGGAGCAUUUUCCAGGAUUUGCUCGACCUUUUGUAUUCAAUGCUGAGGUUUUGCUGAAGAUUGGGCGUAGGCUAGAAGCCAAAGAUGCAGCCAGAGGGGCUCUGAAAUCACCAUGGUGGACUCUUGGUUGCAGGUACCAGCAAGUUGCCCAAAUAGCAGAAUGGGAGGAUGAGCAAAUUGAGUACAUUAAAGAAAGAGUGACAGAUGAAGGAAGACAGGAAGACGUCAACAAGGGGAAGGAUCCUGCUCAGAUUGCACUGGAUGAGGCUGCUUUUCUAUUGGACUUAGCUUCUGUCGAAGGGACAUGGGAUGAUUCUGUGGAGAGAAUUGCUGCUUGCUAUAAGGAGGCUGGACUUCAAGAUGUUGCAAGAUUUGUACAACAUAGAGAUUGAGGAUCUUCAGUGCUGGCUAUAGAUCAGCUCAACGAUUUGCUUGGCGACAGCUCUUUGAGUUAGUUUUUGCUUCUAGAUAUACAAGAAACCAAAUUUUGGAAAAGAUUAAAAGAUUCAAAUCGUUGUGGCCAGUGCCACACUUCUUAGUUUAAUCUGUAGUAACUGCUACCGCUUGCUGUGGCUUAAUGGAGCCAUGCACGAGGAGUCACAUAGGCAUUCUGUUCAGGGAUCUCCCUUGGUAGAUUGAAGAACAUAUUUUGCAAGACAAAUUGUAUAUUAUUGAUUUUGAAAUUGAAUCCAUGCAUUCGAGCAUUCCAUUACAAUA